UUGGUUCCCCGCCGUUGCGGCCCUCUCUAGCACCCACGCUCAAGCGCCCGUGAAACCCUAGCCGGGGAGGCGGCGUGCCCGCCCGCCACCAUCGCUGGUCCUCUGCCGACCGCAGGAGGGAAGGAAGGCGGCGUGCCCGCCCACCACCACCGCGGGUCCUCCGCUGACCGCGUCAGGAUCAUCGCCCCCCGUCCUCUGCGCAACCUCUCCAUCGACCUCUAGCCGCGGGUGGUCGGGGCGGCCGCAGGUGGAAACCAGGGGAAAGGAGCCCCCUCGUCGUGGUCCUCCGCCACCUCGCGGAUCGGCCCCUUCGCAGCUUCGGCCGUGGUGGCAGCAGUACUUGGGCCAGCGUCGGAGGAAACCGGCCGCACCCGCGCCGCGCACCAUGGCGGGGAGGGGCCGCAACGGCUUCGAGGACGACGACGUCAACCCCUUCGCGAACCAGGACAUUCUAUUAGACUUGGUGAUUAAAGGUACUGAGAUCAGUAUCACAUAUUGGUUUUUCCACAUCAAGCUCAUCGAUUGCAUCUCCCACUUUAUUUACUUGUUCCCUGACAUUGCCCAGGAUAUGACAGGACAUUUGCUCAACAUGCUGCAUGAUACUGAUUAUCGUGUCAGGUUGUAUCUUGCUAGGAAAAUUGUUGUGCUAUUCCAAACAUGGGAAGGACAUAAUGAAUUGUUUAAUGAUGUUUGCUCAAAUAUUGGUGUCCAGAUGGUGCAGUUCUCCAACAAGAUCCCAGUUAAAUCAAAAGAAGUCUUAGCUGUUGGUCCACAAUCUGUUCCUGUUAUUGAAACUGCCCUCAUCACACUAGCUCAUUUGUCUUGUGCAUAGCGAGGAGGUUGAAGUUGAGUGCGCAUUCAUGAUUUCUGCUGUUGCUGCUAUAGAGCCUUCUCAGCGAGAAUUAGCUUAUGCUUUAUUUGAUUCUAUCUCAAGAAAGCUCAGCUACGCUUCACGAACUAAGUAUUUGGACCAACUGAUUGGUCCAAUUCUCUUCCGGUGGGUUGCUUGUGAAGUCAGCCUAGUUUCACUUCUUGAGGUGCAAGAGAUGUUUGGUUUUAAUUCGGCCAAGCCAAAGAACUUCAUUGAACAUAUCUGCUCAUGGCUUCUCCUGUUCCUUAUUCUCAGGGGUGAUGCUGCUGAUCUUAAUUGGAUCUCCAAGGUUUUGUUGCAACCUUUAUCUGCUGUUAUCAAGGGAUAUUUCGUUCCGAUAUUUGGACUGUCUAUUGCUGCCAGAUGUGGCACUGGGCCAGAGAAGGACUUGGCAGAAACUGUGUUAUAUGAAUCAGUUUUGCAAUUUGGUGAAAUUUCUGAACUUGAGCGUGAUGAUCUCAUUAGAAAACAUAUGUUGUGUGGCAGUUAUGGUCUUCAACAAAAAGGCGAUGAGCACCUGGCAAGGAGAUCGUCGUCGAGGAGGAGGCGAAGUGCACCUGGGCGAGGAGCCGGAGGAGAUCAUCCUCCAGUAUGCUCCUGGGCGAGGACCUGCCUGCACCGGAGGAUAUCUGUCCUCCAGUAGCACCUCGGGGAGGAGACCGUCCUCUAGGAGCAACUUGGCGAGGAUUUGCCUGGGGCGAAGGUGCAGGGGACGAAGAAGUUCUUUGGGACCAGAGGAGGAGCUACUUGGGCCGGAGGUGGAGGGCGCAGGG